AUGCUCGAGUCCGCUUUGCCUGGAUUCACAUUUCUGUCUCGUUUUCUAUUUACCAACUUCAAUAUUGACCUGUCCCCUUAUUGUUUCGUUUUCCUCAUCAUCAUCUGUGGCCGCAUGGCGUUGCACCACGUUCUGCACUUGAUCGAGGUAGAAGGUCAGGACAGCAUAUACAGAUACCUCAUGUACUGGGUGAUACAUCAUAGGUCUAUGGCUAGAGCCAAGCAUCUCCUUGCCAGCAACGCGCUGACGGUCGGCGGUCGAUAUGUCAAUAUAAGAACCAGCCUUGACCCCAACGAAGACGACGACGAGCCUGAAUAUCAGCCAGGAGACAACUUCGACGAAUGGUGGAGCAAGGUCAUCAAGAAACGCAGCACCCAGCCCUUGCACUUCAUCCCCUCCACGCAGGAGCACUACUUCUUGUACGCCAGCCCUUGGUUCUCUUGGUGUUUCUGGCGCUGGAUCAAGUUCCAGCGCACCAAAACCAGCGAAGACACGUUGGUCAGCGAUCGAAUCGUCAUCUCCUGCUGGGGACUGCCGUUCUCCAAUUGGGGCAUAGGUAUGCUCAAGCAGCUGCUUGCCGAGGCGCAGCAGACGUGGCUUGACAAAGACCAGGAUAAGAUCGAGAUUUGGAGUGCCCGAGGGGAGGAGUGGCAGCCGUGUGACGGGCGUGCCCCGAGGCCGCUGGACAGUGUGGUGCUUGACCAGGAGGUCAAGGCUGGUGUCUUGGCUGAUAUCGAGAGAUUCCUCAUGAACAAGGCUGUCUACGAGGUGCGAGGGCUUCCGUAUCGCAGGGGCUAUUUGCUCUAUGGCCCGCCCGGAACUGGCAAGACCAGUCUAUGUUAUACCCUUGCCGGACACCUGAAGCUACCGAUCUAUGUGAUAGACCCCAGUUCGUCUUCUCUGAACGAAACCCGCUUCAGACAACUCUUCUCCGAAUUGCCCUCGAGGUGUAUCGUUCUGAUGGAGGAUGUGGACUGUACGGACAUCACACAGUCACGGGCACCUGGGCAUGACAACAGGAACCAGCACAUGAUGAUGCCUGGACACGGUCCUACUCAAAACGGCAUUUCACUAUCUGUUCUUCUCAAUGCCAUCGACGGUGUGGAUGCAAGUGAAGGCCGCAUUCUCAUGAUGACGAGCAACCACGCCGAAAAGUUGGAUGCGGCACUGAUCCGUCCAGGGCGGGUGGACAUGCGCAUCGAGUUCAAAUAUGCGACACGUGACGAGAUUGAGUCUUAUUUCAAGACGUUUUAUUCGCCUCUACAUACUCUGAGGCAUAUCCCCUCGGCACAGCUUACGGUUGCUGAGCUCCAGGGACAUCUCCUUGAGCACAAAGACGAUCCUAGAGCAGCCAUCAGAGAAGUAGAGACAUUGCUCCAGAAGACGAAGGCUCAGCGCGAUGAGCGCAUUAAGAAGCAGAUGAAAGAGCAACAAUUGGAUAUGAAUAAGGAGAGGGAGAAGAUGCUAAACAAGGAAAUCGAGAUGGAGAAAAGGCUGCAGAGCGAGGAGCCUACCGCUGAGAGAAAGAUAUACAGUUUGCGGUCACGGCGGCGAAUUGGCUACUAGGGCUCUUUG